UUUCUCUUUUGUGCCCAGGUUUUCCCGUGCUGAGUGCCUUUCUUUCCAUCUUGCAGCUUUGAUUUGGCCCUAGCACUCGUUAUUCUAGAAAACUAAGAUAAGCAUACUGCUUAGUGGCGCCCGUUGAGACAAGAUAGGAUACGAUGGUUGGAACCGAGCCAAACGGAAACUACGAAUCACUGUGGCUGGACAGCAAGAACCACAGCCAGCAAGCGAAGAACGUGGCACUGAAGCUGAUGCAGAGUGAGAAGUUCCAGACCAAGCUCAUGAAGUUGAUCCAGCACUUCGACAGCUCCACUCCCAAGGACACCCACAACCACCCCUCCACCGCGUCCAGCAGCCCGCUGCGUCCAGGCCAUGCCAAGAGGUCAAUCAGCGGCUCCAGCAUCUCGAACCCCAUAUCCUUCUCCCACGUGUCACAUGUCGAUGCCCACUCGAACUUUGGGCUAGCCGACUCCUUCAACCCGCUCAAUCUCAACCAGAUCGACCGCUGUCUGCCUGCGCACUCUCUGCAUCGCUCCUCUAUCGCGUGCUCCAACAAUGACACCUCAUACACGACAGAAGAUUCCGACGCGGACCCGUUCGAGUCGACCUUGGACCCAGCCACCAGUGGCAUCAAAGCCUUCUCCACCUACAGGACAUCCCCCACAUACACUACGCACUCGAUCAUACCGUCCCACUCGGGCUACUCCUUGUCAAACAGGCUGCAUAGACGAACAAGCUCGGCAUCGACGAACUUCAACGUCACGAGCUCCCAGUUCUCGACCAACUCUAUAUUCACCUCGAACAACGCAGGCGUGUGUUCUUCAGAUACUUCCCGAGGCUCUUCUCCAAGAAACUCUUUGAAAGUCAAAGUUUUACCAUGUAUACCACAAGAAGACCUUACAGAUCGCGGGGUUGGCCAUGAACGCGAAAGUGAAUAUAGCGAACCUUUAAUGGAACAAGAAGAGGAUGAAGAGAAUCCGUUCCUUGAGAAGUUCGUUUCAAUUCCUUCUGCACCUCCACCUCCAAAGUCCGUUGAAGCUCCGGAAGAUCGGCUGAAGUCAUUCUUACAACGCGAAGAGAUAGAAAUCGCAUCUGAUUCUGAGGACGAUGACAUUUGCUUUGAAAAAUUUAGACUGUCCUCAAACAUAGAAUCAAUUACAUCUGAAUUACAAGCACAACUGCAAAAAAGGUUGAAUUCAGAAAACAAGAUAAUGAACAAGGAGUACAGGAAGUCUAUCAUGAUACUUCUCCAGAAAGAGGUUCAAGAACAGUCACUACUGGAAGACUUGGAAGAAGAAGAAGAUUUAGAAAAAUCUUUUUUUGAAGGCUCUCCUUCACCAAAGCACAAUGCAAGGAGGAACCCUUCGACGUUGUUGUCGCGAAUGGAACACAUUGAAGAAGAGCUGGAAGCUGAUGACGAGGGAGAAGACGAUGAUACGGAGGGAACGAGCGCCAAUGACAAUUGCUCAAUCAUGAAGUCUUUGGCUCUUGCGGACAGCACAUCAUUGAUUGAUACAGCUUUCGAACUUGAUGCAGAGACAGAGGAAGAAAAUGACCAUCGUGUUUCCGCAGCUGCAAAGAGACUAUCUGUGCUCUCGGAUUUUUUCGCCGAUCUUCAACUCAACGAAACGACACUUCUGGAUAGUGACGACCGUGCUCUUCUGGGUCUGUGACCUCGCAUCACCAUCACCUCAACAUACAUUCUAUUCGAAGCACUAAAUUAAUUUCUGUAAAUUACACAUUCAAUCUAUUCUAUAUAAUCUUCAACUAAACCAUCUUUUUUAGGCGCGGAUGAUGGGGGCUUUCAAAAUUG